GCGGGGAGAUGAAGCAAGGGCGGACCUGCUGUAUCGCUCGCGCUGCGCACCCAGGAUAGCGCGCCCCUUCUAUCCCUGAUGCUGAGGCUGCUGUAGCACCUUCUUGGGCGCAACAUGGUGACCCCAUACACAGCCGGACCGACGUCACCUUAUAGAUGGGGGGCGUAUAAGACCAGAGGACCCGAGCUUCGGCACGCACGAUAGACGUCUCCGGCCACACAUCGAUAGGCGCCGCCACCUUUGGCAUUCUCCCCCCUUCGCUCCGCCCCCCGUCAGCACCUCCCAGCACGCGAAUCGACGUGCUGCACGAUCUUACAACGGCGUCUUUCCUAGGAUUCGGAUUUUUGGCGGAUAAGAUGCAGCCCGCGCGGACGACGUCGCCGUCGAGCAAGAGCAAGAGGCCCGAUACGCCCAACUUAAAUACUAACACCACGGAGCGCGUCGAUACGCCCCAGACCGCGACUACCCCAUUCACCGCCCUUUUCGACCGAACGAAUUCGGAGUCCUUAGACACACCUGCAUCGACUGCACCACCCAGCGCUGUGGAAGAUAUGGAGAAGCGCCCUCGUUUUGCUGCGCCCCCGAAUGACAGUACGGACGAGAGGGUGAAGGCCACCGCUCGCGACCUCCAGAGCACGCAAGCACUGGUUGGCACUGUUCAAAAUCUUCUCAGAACCCUGGCGCCGCGCGUGCAGAGACAAGCUGAGUCGCUACCCGCUAUCAAGGCGCAGCAAUCGAUUGCUACCUUGGUGAAGGCGUGGGACGAGCAGCUCUCGCGACAAACGAAGGAAAUCGAGAACAUGCAGAAGCGCAUCGAUGCGGCCUUGACCAAGGACGGCGUCCUCGCGAAGCUCGACGGGGACAUGAGAACGCGCAUCCAGGAGAAGGUCAAGCAGCAGGUGGCGAAGAAAGUCAAAGCUCAGAUGAACGACGAGAUCUCCGCUGAGCAACGUAAUGAGGUCGCCGCCUACAAACGUCAGAUCGUCGAAGUCGAGCACAGCCUGCGCAACGCGGAUGCGCGCCGACGCAACUCUCUUCUAGGCGCGGCGUCGAGCAAGCUGAGCGACGCCAAGAUAUGGCCUGUGCUGCCCGACCUGUCGCCCGACGCAGACUCCCUGCCGUCCAUCCCCGCCGGCUUUCCCGCGGAUAUACCUACGUUGAUGAAGAUGCCCGACAAAGAGCUCAUCAAACUCAUCGGACCAGAGGGGUAUGGCUUUGAUUCCAAGGUCAUAUUCGCAGGUAUGAAGAAGAUGGUGGGUCCGGCGGCGAAGUCGGAUGGAGAGAAGCAACGCCGGCGGUCUGCGUUGCUGAACUAUAUUUUGCAACAUCUUGGGGUUCCGUUUCGCACAACAUGCACUGCGAACGACGUGCAAGCAGGGAGGAUCGUCGUCACCAGGACUCGACGCUGUUGAGGAGCUACGUCGUUCGGGUACCACAUUCGGAAUCUUGUUGACUGUUUUUUUUGCUUGUUUUGUUUGUCCUUUUCUCAUUCGUCUCCAUCUCUCCUUGGACUUGUAAUGGUUGUACGAUAGCUUCUUGUAUUCCUCGUCAUGCUGUUUACUGAAUCUGUAUUAGUAUCAUCGUCAGUAAUAUCGUUGUCACCGUAAUGUUCCUUUUC